AAUCCCCACUAACCUCUCGUUAACUUGGCCAGUGAUUGCAGAAAUUUUAAUAGGGUAAAGUUUUCAUCUAAUUUACUUCUUUUUAAUUUCAGAUUGUUGGUCUCAUCAUGAUGAGUACUAAAACUCUGGUAGCCAUCAUUGAUGGUAUGUACUGCCAGAAGUGUCCCAAAAAGAUAGAAGAUGCAUUGAAAAACAAGAAGGGCAUAGGAAAUGUGCAGGUUUCCCUGGAGGACAAGGAAGGAGUGGUCACUUUUGACCCUGGGACCAUCUCGGUGGAUCAGAUCCUGUCAGAUAUCCAGGGAUUGGACGCUGCAUUUAAAGCACAUCCCAAAGCCACCCAGACCCCUGUCCAGGAGGUCACUCUGUUUGCUGACCACAUGACCUGUGGAGACUGUGUGAAGAAGAUUGAAGAUGCCCUAGGCAGGCUGGAUGGAGUGACUGCUGUCAAGGUGUCUCUGGCCAUGGGCAGUGUUACUGUCAGGCAUAAUCCAACCCAGAUAAGCUCUGUCAACCUCCGAGAUGCCAUUGGAGCAUUAGGUUUCCCAGCUUCUUUGAGAAAGCCUCCCCAACCUCUCUCCUCUGCCACCAUAGAUAUACAAGGGAUGACUUGUAAUUCGUGUGUAAAACUCAUUGAAGACACCAUCGGAGAAAAGAGUGGGGUGAAGUCCAUAGUGGUCAGCCUGGAGAAAGGUCAAGGGGUGAUCCAGUAUGAUCCAAAAGUGACCACUGCCAGCUUGUUGGCUGGAUACAUUGAUGAUAUGGGUUACGAGGCAAGAUUGUUGACGCAGGUGCCCCAAGAGGAGCCGGUCCCAACCUGUUCAGAGAAAUCAUGCACCGUAGACGUGAAGGGUAUGACGUGUCAUUCUUGUGUUGACCUCAUCGAGCAAGUGAUCUCUGAGAAGCCAGGCGUGGUGAAGAUUAAAGUUUCCUUGGAAAAAGGGAGAGCUGACAUAACCUUUGAUCCAGAGACCACAGACCCAAGGCAGCUUGCUGAGGAUAUUUCUGACAUGGGUUACGAUGCAGAGGUGGUUGCCGACAGCAAGUGUGAUGAAGGUCAGAUCCAGAAGUCUUCCAAAUUAAUCACUUCCAAUAUUGUCAUAUCUGGAAUGACCUGUCAGUCAUGCGUGAAGAAGAUCGAGGGUGAGCUGGGGGAUGUCAUUGGAGUGGGAAGUGUGAAAGUGUCACUGGUUGAAAAAGAGGCUACUGUGCAGCACAAUCCCGCACACAUAAGUGCAGAUCAGAUAUGUGCUAAAAUUCAAGGGCUUGGAUUUGGUGCAUCCAUUAAAGAUGUAAAGAAAAAUGCCAGUGUUGUUGCCAAACCAAAAGUCAUUGAACGUAAUGCAAGCCUGCGGCGCAGCAAGGGCAGUGUCCGUCGUCGCCAGCCAACACAACCUCGUGAAGAUGGAAAGUACCAUAAAGCCUUGUUUAAUGUGAGAGGAAUGACAUGCGCUUCCUGUGUGGCUAACAUUGAACGUACUAUGGCCAAGGUAGAAGGCAUUGAAACCAUUCUGGUUGCCUUACUGGCUCAGAAAGCAGAAGUGACCUACGACCCAGAGUUGCUGAAUCCAGAGACAAUAGCCAAGAAAAUCACUGACCUAGGAUAUGAAACUACAGUCCUACAAGAAGCCACUGGGGGACACGUAGAACUGUUUAUUUCUGGAAUGACUUGUGCUUCAUGUGUUGGCAAGAUUGAGGAUCAUGUUAUGAAGAAACGGGGCGUUAAAUCUGCCUCCGUUGCCUUGACAACCUCCAGGGGGAAAUUCGAAUUUGACCCAGAAGUCACUGGAGCAAGAGAUAUCAUCCGGCAUAUUGAGUCACUGGGUUAUGAGGCCAAAAUCUUCACCAGUGACAGUAAGAAUUUAGCCCAACUGGAAUUGGAAAGGAAAAAGAAAAGCUGGCGCAACUCUUUCUUCAUAUCUCUGAUCUUUGGCGUCCCCACCCUGUUGACGGUCAUUUUCUUCUCAAUCACCAAGAUCCCUGGGGGGUGGCCUACUCCACCCCACGGAGCUGGGAAUACAACGGAUGGCCUGAUCAACCCCCAUGACAUCCGGAUCAUUCCUGGCUUGAGCUUGGACAAUUUGCUUUUCUUUAUAUUUGCCACACCAGUACAGUUUAUUGGAGAAAGAUACUUCUACAUUCAAGCCUUCAAAGCACUUCGCCACCGCACCACCAACAUGGACGUCCUUAUUGUCAUGGCAACUACCAUAGCCUAUUGUUACUCCCUUGGAGUAAUAACUGCAGCCAUGAUACAACAGACCCGCGCCAGCCCUAUGACAUUCUUUGAAACCACGCCCAUGUUGGUUACAUUUAUUGCAUUAGGGCGAUGGCUGUCGCAUAUUGUGGAGGGCAAGACCUCGGAGGCCAUGACCAAACUUAUGUCCUUGCAACCCGCAGAGGCAACUCUCGUGGAACGCGACAAAGACGGAAACAUCAUGAAUGAAGAGAAAAUACCUGUGGAGCUAGUACAGCGCGGAGACUUGCUACGAGUGACACCUGGUGAGAAAAUUCCAGUUGAUGGUCGAGUUGUGGAUGGCAAGUCAAGUUGUGAUGAGUCAUUGAUCACUGGGGAGUCUAUGCCUGUUUUUAAAGAACCAGGUUGCAAUGUGAUUGGUGGCUCAAUUAAUCAAAAUGGCGCUCUUAUAAUGGAAGCUAUCCACGUAGGCAGUGACAGCGCCCUGGCACAGAUUAUUAAACUGGUGGAGGAGGCACAGACAUCUAAAGCCCCCCUUCAAGCUCUUGCAGACAAGAUAUCCAGUGUGUUCAUUCCAGGAGUGAUCACUGCAUCCACCAUUACCCUUGUCUCCUGGAUCAUUGUGGGAUAUGUGAACUUUGACCUCAUACAUAAAGAUUUUGUGGAGGGUAGUGACCGCAGCAGGGAUGAAGUCAUCUUGGCCAAUGCCUUUCAGUACGCCAUAACUGUGUUGGCUGUAGCAUGUCCCUGUGCUCUGGGACUGGCGACCCCCACAGCUGUGAUGGUAGGGACAGGAAUAGGGGCCACCAGUGGGAUACUGCUGAAAGGGGGGCAGCCAUUGGAGGUGGCACACAAGGUGAAGAGUAUAGUAUUUGACAAGACUGGUACCAUCACCCAUGGUGUCCCCGAGGUGACCAGAAUUGUCAUGUUUGUCAGACAAGAGGUGCUGUCACUGAAGGAACUACUGGCAGUCACUGGGACAGCAGAGGGCAGCAGUGAGCACCCCAUUGGAGACGCCAUUGUCAGAUACGUGAAAGAGGCAUUAAAAUGUGAGAAUGUGGGUAACACCAGUGACUUUGAAGCAGUGUCAGGAUAUGGAAUUAAAUGUUCAGUCACCAAUGUGGAAGCUAUGAAGGACAAUGUAGACGUGAGAAAUAUCCUCAACUCCGAGACAGUGGUAGUAGAUGGAGUGGAGGGAGAGGAGGGGAAAGCGGAAGAGCCUAUUGGUGCCAUGGCCUCCAAAUCAUACGAGGUUCUGAUCGGCAAUCGUCAAUGGAUGCAAAAACAGGGUCUCAUAAUCACUCCUGAAAUAGAUGAAGAGAUGACGAAGCACGAGAUGCAGGGCCAGACCGCCAUCUUGGUGGCAGUGGAUGGCGCUGUGGCGGCCAUGAUGGCAGUUGCUGACACAGUCAAAGAAGAGGCUCACCUGGCCAUAUAUUAUCUGCAGAAGAUGGGACUGGAUGUCUACUUGUUAACAGGAGACAAUGUCAAGACUGCUGCAGCCAUUGCUAAGAAGGUUGGAAUAAAGAAGGUGUUUGCAGAGGUGCUACCACAGCACAAGAAGGAGAAAGUGGAGCAGCUCCAGAGGUCAGGGGUCAAGGUCGCUAUGGUUGGAGACGGGGUCAACGACUCCCCUGCCCUGGCACAGGCAGACCUGGGGGUGGCCAUUGGAACCGGGACUGAUGUGGCUGUGGAGGCGGCGGAUCUGGUCCUGAUGAAGGAUGAUUUAGUUGAUGUCAUCAUAGCACUGAAAUUGUCCAAGGCCACCGUGUUCAGAAUCAGACUGAACUUCUUCUUUGCCUGUGUCUACAACUUGCUGGGAAUCCCCAUUGCAGCAGGAUUGCUGUCUCCAGUGAACAUCCGACUACAGCCCUGGAUGGCAGCUGUUGCCAUGGCAAUGUCCUCAGUGUCGGUCGUCUGCCUCUCCUUGCUUCUAAAAUUGUUCAAGAAGCCAGAUAAGCAGGAAAUGGCUCAGAACCGUGCCUACAUCCACUACAAGGAGCAAGGUGGUCAGGUGACAGAUGAGAACAUCUCUGUGUCUCGUGGGUUGGAUGAUGUGCCUCAGCGAAAAUUGAGCGGCAGCAUUAAGGGUCGCAACUACCCAAGACUUAAGGAGGUUGCUGCUGAUGACAGCUUUGCAGUGGAACUUCGACCUGGACACAGCAAAUCACCGCUGAUAGAGCCUGAUGAAGAACCAGAAGAAUGGGAUGAAAGAUUGUAAUCGACUGAGUCAGAAAUGCUAAACACAUGAAUUGUGGAAUUUGAGAUUGGUCAAAUUACCUUGAUUAGGUCAUGUACUGCGCUUUUAAGACAACUUUUGGUCCUCUCUGAAAAUUAAAACUUUUGAUUUGUACAAUCCAAAUUGCAAAAUGUCAAUCUCUUUUAAGGCCAUAAGUAAGGGCACAUAUAUUUCAUAAGCACCUCCAUUACUAAAAGUAUAUACAAGAUUUCAUGAGUGCUUCCAUAACUAAAAGUGUAUGAGAAAAAAAAAGCAGAAUGAGAUUUCAUUACAAGCAGGAUGGUAACAUUCGAUUUAACUGGAUUUGAAAAAUUUUAUGUUAAAAAUACAUGGAAAUGGAUUAAGACUAAACAGAGAUUGUUAAAUAUUUCAUACCUGAGAUUCUUUGUUGAAUUUUACUUUUAAUUUCAUGAAAGUAUCAAAUGUCUGAAUGGUCAUCUAAGAGCUUUAAAGUUGAUUUACAUAUUAUUUUAAAGGGGACGAUUACAUGUAAGCCUGCAGUCUACUCCCAAGCUAUGUACAAUAUUUUAAAGAGUCCCUAAGGUCUUAAACAUAUAGAUUAUGUAGUUUAAGUUUUAAAAACUUGCAUCAUUUUAUCCCAGAAUUUAAAUACCUUACAUUCCAGACUUGUAAACAACUGUCCAACAUUUUGUAGUAUUUUGCUUAUUUUACCGAUAAGUUUUUUUAGCUUUUACAGUUACACGAUUAAACAAGAGACUCUUUAGAAAAAUUAUUGAAACAAUAUAAGAACUUUUAAGUUAGAGGAUUUUAGCUACGAUUGUCAGACAAUUUCUCCAGAUUUUUACAUUUCAUUCUUUUUAAACCAAAGUAAUGCUGCUGUGUAUGGGAAAUUACUAAAAGUUAAACUUUGUAUUUUAAAUGUUAUAUUCAAUUGACUUUUAUUGCAGUAUAAGUUCACUCGAAAAAAUGAAAUGCUGAUCGUCAAAAUCGAUGAAUUUGGCGAAUGUACGUAACAUCUCUCAUUUACUUGAUUAUAAUUCACCUGGAUGUUAUCACUUCAACGUGAAAAUAAAACUCUGGUC